AUGUGGGCGCUGCUCGGGCUCGUGCUCCUCAUCCCGCUGCUCGGAUGCGCCAAGAAGAAGCCCCCGCCGCCGCCGAAGACGACCACCGUCAAGAAAGCGGUCGUUUUUGGGCAAAGCAAAAUGGCCCCCGCCCCCGGCCCACCGCCCGAGAAGAAGGAGGAAGAGAAAAAGGAGGAGGAGAAAAAGGAGGAAGAGAAGAAAGAAGAGGAGAAGAAGGAGGAGAAAAAGGAGGAGGAGAAGAAAGAGGAGGAGAAGAAGGAGCCCGAGAAGAAGGAGGCUGAGAAGAAGGAGGAGAAGAAGGCCGACGCCGAGCCCGAGAAGAAGGAGGAGGAGCAGAAGCCGCCCGAGGCACCUCCCAAAGACAACCCGAAUAUGGUGGAGAAUCCGGUGGUGUCCUUCGUCACCGACAGUUUCCCCACGGAUCCGAAUGCGGAAGCCGAGAAGGAGCAAAAGGAGGCCGAGGAGAAGGCCAAGGAGGAAGAGGAGAAGAAGAAGAAAGCCGCCGACAAGAAGGAGGGCGGCGACGACAGCAAGAAGGAAGAGAAAAAGGCAGAAGAGCCGCCAAAGAAGGAGGAAAAGGAACCCGACAAGAAUUCAGAAAAGGGAAAGUCCCCGGGAGGAAAGUCGAAACGCGAGACGGCGUCCAGUAAGGAGAAGGACAAGAAGAAGGAGGAGAGCCAGCGGAAGAGCGCCAAGAAGUCCAAGGCUGAAGGAACAUCCAAAAAGGUGCCAUGGAUUACCGUAACGGGCCGCUUUGCGUGCUUUCCAUUUUUCGGCGGCUCCGAUCGACGGAUGUCUUCGACCUUGAGCCCGAAAAUGAGCCGGAAGAUUGAAGAGAGCUUUCCAUCUCCUGCUUCCAAGAAGAUCAAAGAGGAGCAUUCGGAUGAGGGGGAGGCUGGCAGUGAAGGCCAAGCGGAUUUGGAAAAUGGACCAACCUACUCUGAUGGGGACUUGGUGCCAAUCUCUUACCUUCAGCAGCAUUUGCAGCCGAUGAUCGAUUACGUCCCGUCGACGAAGAAGGGUGCACACUCGGCCAAAGGCUUCAAGAAGGUUGCCGCAGAAUAUUUCAAGACACAAAAGGGAAUCGACGAUCCGGAAAAAUGGGGCAAAUGCAUGGAUCACUACUUACGUAUUGCUCUUCGGCACUCUAACCUGUCGAUCGGACAAUGUUGCGACGUCCUUCAUAAUUACAUGCAAAGGGGUGACACUGUUCGCCAGUAUCCCGAUUGGCCAAAACGCCCGCUGAAUCUGGUACGCACGUAUGCGAAGAACAAUGGGAUCAAGCUCGGCUUCCUCACAGGAAUGAAUGAGACUAUUGCGGCAAUGAAUAUCGAUUCCGUAGGCCGGGAUGCCGCAACGUCGGAAGUACUUGCUGCCACUUUAAACUACGUCGAAGAAUUGAAGGAGUUCCGUCGUCUUCACCACGACCUCAGCAAGGAACAACUCGAAUUCAUCCAGAAGACUUUGUCACAAUACGAAAAGGCCGUCAAAAAGGAAGAACCAAAGGGCACCCCUGUGAAGAAAAAGUCAUCCCCGAAGCCAAAGCCACUGUUUGAGACGCCAUUCGCCGCCUUUUGCCAUGGCUCUCGCGACCUGUAUAUCGAUUUGGAACCUGAGAAACGUCUCAAGAAGCUCACGAAGAAAUUCAACAAGCUGAGCGACGCUGAACUAGACCUUUAUCAGCGACUGGCUGCA